CACUACAGCUAUAAUACGCCAUUGUCUAUUGUACCUACAUAUUCGUCUGACGAGUUGUGAGGCUUAUUCUUUUUGUGAUCUGUGUUCGUUUAAGCAAGUUUUUUUCCUAUUGACUACUAGAUUGUAUUCACAAUACAUUCACACCAAGCUUAUUACACGAAUAAACAUUAAAAAUGCAAAUAUUUGUGAAAACAUUGACUGGCAAGACCAUCACAUUGGAAGUUGAAUCUUCUGAUUCAAUUGAAAAUGUAAAGGCUAAAAUCCAAGACAAGGAAGGCAUUCCCCCAGACCAACAACGAUUGAUCUUUGCCGGCAAACAACUCGAGGACGGCCGUACUCUUUCGGACUACAAUAUUCAAAAAGAAUCUACCCUUCACUUGGUCCUUCGUCUCCGAGGAGGUAUGCAAAUCUUUGUGAAAACAUUGACUGGCAAGACCAUCACAUUGGAAGUAGAAUCAUCUGAUUCAAUCGAAAAUGUAAAGGCCAAAAUUCAAGACAAGGAAGGCAUUCCCCCAGACCAACAACGAUUAAUCUUUGCCGGCAAACAACUCGAGGACGGCCGUACUCUUUCGGACUACAAUAUUCAAAAAGAAUCUACCCUUCACUUGGUCCUUCGUCUCCGAGGAGGUAUGCAAAUCUUCGUGAAAACAUUGACUGGCAAGACCAUUACAUUGGAAGUUGAAUCAUCUGAUUCAAUCGAAAAUGUAAAGGCCAAAAUUCAAGACAAGGAAGGCAUUCCCCCAGACCAACAACGAUUAAUCUUUGCCGGCAAACAACUCGAGGACGGCCGUACUCUUUCGGACUACAAUAUUCAAAAAGAAUCUACCCUUCACUUGGUCCUUCGUCUCCGAGGAGGUAUGCAAAUCUUUGUGAAAACAUUGACUGGCAAGACCAUCACAUUGGAAGUAGAAUCAUCUGAUUCAAUUGAAAAUGUAAAGGCCAAAAUUCAAGACAAGGAAGGCAUUCCCCCAGACCAACAACGAUUGAUCUUUGCCGGCAAACAACUCGAGGACGGCCGUACUCUUUCGGACUACAAUAUUCAAAAAGAAUCUACCCUUCACUUGGUCCUUCGUCUCCGAGGAGGUAUGCAAAUCUUCGUGAAAACAUUGACUGGCAAGACCAUUACAUUGGAAGUUGAAUCAUCUGAUUCAAUCGAAAAUGUAAAGGCCAAAAUUCAAGACAAGGAAGGCAUUCCCCCAGACCAACAACGAUUAAUCUUUGCCGGCAAACAACUCGAGGACGGCCGUACUCUUUCGGACUACAAUAUUCAAAAAGAAUCUACCCUUCACUUGGUCCUUCGUCUCCGAGGAGGUAUGCAAAUCUUCGUGAAAACAUUGACUGGCAAGACCAUUACAUUGGAAGUAGAAUCAUCUGAUUCAAUCGAAAAUGUAAAGGCCAAAAUUCAAGACAAGGAAGGCAUUCCCCCAGACCAACAACGAUUGAUCUUUGCUGGCAAACAACUCGAGGACGGCCGUACUCUUUCGGACUACAAUAUUCAAAAAGAAUCUACCCUUCACUUGGUCCUUCGUCUCCGAGGAGGUAUGCAAAUCUUUGUGAAAACAUUGACUGGCAAGACCAUUACAUUGGAAGUAGAAUCAUCUGAUUCAAUCGAAAAUGUAAAGGCCAAAAUUCAAGACAAGGAAGGCAUUCCCCCAGACCAACAACGAUUGAUCUUUGCCGGCAAACAACUCGAGGACGGCCGUACUCUUUCGGACUAUAAUAUUCAAAAAGAAUCUACCCUUCACUUGGUUCUCCGUCUCCGAGGUGGAAAAUUAUGAAUCUUAUGACAACAGUUUUAAAUUUUAAAAAUAAAGAAAAUAUUAUACUUAACAUAAUACUUAAUUUUGAAAUGAACAAAAUUUAAUGAAAUUAAAUAGUAUUAGACAUUUUUUAAAUGUUAAAGAAUCAAAUAAAAAAUCAGUAUUUAAAUUGAUA